AUGGGUCGCAUUCACAACAUAUCCUUAACUCUCCGUUGCAUCCUCUACCGGAGUCGAUUCAUGGCCGCCCACUUGGCCUCGAGUCUCAUGCAGUACGGCGCGACGUCCAAAUUUGGGUUCCUCGUCAACUCGAUAUCCGGAUCGUCGACUCAAAAUCUUUCGUCGCUUCGCCAGAUCUGGUCCAAGAUGGUCGACGGACGCGUGCACAUCGUUGUCGUCGGCGCCGGCCGCAUGGGGCAGAUCCGCCUCCAAGGCCUCAUGGCCAACCCGCGCAUGAAGGUCGCGUACGUCGUCGACGCCAACCUCGCGCAGGCCGAGACGCUCGCCGAGCGCUGCCACGCGACCGCCGUCGCCACGCUCCCCGAGGCGCUCGCCGACCCGGCGGUGGCGGCGGUCUGGAUCUCUACGCCCACGUUUACGCACUUGGACUUGAUCGAGCUUGCGGCGAGCGCGGGCAAGGCCAUUGCCGUCGAGAAGCCCGUCGCCGGGUCGCUGGAAGAGAUCGACAAAGCGUACAAAGUCUGCGAGACGCACGACGUGCCGCUUUUCUGCUCGUUCCAACGGCGCUUUGACCCGAACUACGUUGCCUUGUACGAAGCCGUCCAGGCCAACGCGAUCGGACCCGUCCAGUCGAUCCAGACGGUCUUCCGGGACCACCCGUGCCCGCCCAUUGCCUUUUUAAAGGGCGGCGGCGACCCGUUCCACGACCUCGCGGUGCACGACAUUGACUUUGUGUGCUCGCUCCAGCACGAGUACCCGACGCGCGUCGUCGCGCACGGCACGAGCUUGAGCCCCGAGCUCCAAGUCAUCAACGUCAUGGACAAGGCGUCGGUCUGGCUCGAAUUUCCAUCCGGUGCGAUCUGCACCAUGGACUUGAGCCGCCACGCGGCGUACGGCUACGACCAGCGCAUCGAGGUCUUUGGCGCGGACGGCAUGCUCGAAGUCCAAAACAUCCACAAGACGUCGCUCCGCGCGUCGACGAGCGCCGGCGUCCACAGCGACGUGUACCAGCACUCUUUCCCGCAGCGGUUCCGUGAUGCGUACCUCGCCGAAGUCGACCAUUUUGCCGAAAUCGUGCUCGACAAGGCCACGCCACGCGUCUCGUGGACAGAAGCGCGCAAUGCAACCAUCAUUGCCGAAGCGUGCCGCAUCUCGGCCGUCGAACACCGAUCGGUCGACGUGACGUAUGGUCCGAGUGCGUAG